AGGAGCCCUCACUCGCUCUAAGUCCAAUUAGGAACGUCGCGUCAAGUGUCGAUCGAGGGUACCGUGGAUUCGACGGAUUUUACGGAAACGACUCAGUGCAAUUACCGGGGCGGGUUCGGGCAUGUGCCGAAAGGAGUUAUCAUCUUCCGUGACGACUGGGGGGGGUCCCAUCUCCACCUGGGAGGUUUUGGGAGCGAGCUUGGCUCCUUUAGCUGUCCAUCUGAACCUCCGCAGCGAACGGCGUCUCUCUAGUCUCAACCAAGCUUUAUAAGAGGGCAAUAGUCCCCCUGGAGACGGCUCAGAAUGCGACCUCCAUGCGAUGGUCCCAAUGGUUCUAGCGCUAGAGGAAAACCCUAGAAACGCCACCGAAGCUUGUUAUUGGCAUGAAAAUCCCUAUCGGCCGGUUGAUAGUGACUACUGCUGCUGGCUGGGGCCUCGGUUGGGGGUACUGGACCAUCGUGAGCUAUGUUGAGGGCAUCAGACAACUACAAGCGGUGAUGGUUUCGAUUUCUCGGCAUCAGAAUCACUCGCUGCCUUAGAAAAAGAGGCUAUCUCAGUAGCUGUCUUGGCAAAGGGUCAGGGUUCACGUCGUUUCGUACUUUUUGCCUUUUUGACUUUUUCUCAUUUAUUUUCUUUGUUCGUUGACCUUGUCUAGUGUGUGGGCUUAUGCAAAAUAAGACCAGAAUAAUAUAGAAUAAUAGUAAUCCUCCUGCCAGGCCCACGUGGGGCGACCAAUGCCAGUCGGAAGCCGGCAAGCGAGUCAGAAAGUG